AUGGGAGCUGAAGCUGCCCUCAUUAUUCGAUCGGCAAUCAGCAGUCGCGACGUAGCCUCCGAGCUGGCGCUUGUCUUUGGACGCGUCCGAAAAGGAGACUUCAACUACAGUAACUACCGCCCGCUUGUGAGACUUAUCAUUCAAAAGGCGUCCGGCUCCGAGAUCUGGACCGCCGUACUCGACCUCAUCGCCACACUUACCCGAGUGACGCCUCCUGGAAGUAUCCCGGCCACGUUCGACAGUACGCCCAUUACCCAUUCCUCCGCUUCUCAGCAAGGUACCGAACAGACACGAGAGGUGGUGGAAAGAAAGGUCUUUGAGGAGAUCAGAUUUUGCACAUACCGCGACGUGGAAGGAUUCUUUGAGAAAUACUUCGAGGGGAAAAACUGGACGCGCCGUGCCUUGGGCGUCUAUGAGGUGACGAAGGAUCGGCACGUUGAUGGUGCGUGGACCGAUGUUCCUGAACCGCCCGUGCAGGCCAAAGUUCUGGACUGGUGGUUCCGAUUCCAGGACGACUUCCUCUCAGAGGAACGACGCCGCUACUAUUCGACCACGAACCCGAAGGAUCUUGUCGGUGCAGAAGCUCAGUAA